AUGGCUAAGAGACAUAAACAUUAUAAGAAGAAUGGAGGGGGUGCUAAUAUCAAGAAAAGUAAGCAUGGAAAGAUUAAACACCGUCGUCCCACGGCAAGAGAUAACAGUCAAGGUAAUAAAGACUGGUAUGAUUCGGGAGUACCUGUUGGUGCAGGUGAUUUAGACGAUGUUUCAAAUGAUUAUUAUAAUCGUGGUAGAGCUGUAAUUUCUGCAGCCACAGUAGAAGAUUACUAUUUCAAGAGAGACAACGAUAAACAAUCUAUGAGAGUAGGUGGGUUGAGACCGGGAUAUAAUAGAGAUGUUACCCCUGAUAUUGAAGGCAGGUCCGGGUUCCGUAAGAGGCCGAUGGUCUUUGUUAAAUCAAUGGAAGUGUAUGAUCCAGCCCACGAUCUAAUUUUGAAACUUGCUGAGAAGAACCGUCGUGAAUCGGUUACCACAACUGUUGAGCUAACUGAAAAAGUACAUAUUCCAUUUAUAGCUGAAAAAGAGACAGAAGAGGCAGAAGAGCUAACAUCAGAUGAGCUAAAUGCCAGUUCAACUAAUGAGAAGGAGGAUAUCAAUCUUAUAGAGAAAGAGAAAGAAAUAAAUGUUUCAUCAGAUGAAUCAUUAUUUAACUUAAAUGAUGAGGAUUUAUUUUUCAUAGAUAAUGAAGGAGCUACUGAGAGUACGAUCCCAACAGUUCAUGUUGAAGAGAAUACAAAGUCCACGAAACGUCAAGUGGGUACUGUUUUGGAGUUUAAUCCAUCAUUGAUUAUAGGUAAGACCGAAUUACAUUUGGGAGAAGAUGUUGAAAAUGGUUCUGUUCAUCUCAAACAAACUGAGAGGAAGUAUCAUCCAUUUCAUGGUUAUGUACAAAACAUAAUGAAAAAUAUUCAACCUGAAGUAGAAGACGAAGAUUUUCCAGAUGAUUUUGAGGAUGAAAUCUCCGAUUUUGAGGACGAUAUUGAUGAUGAUAUUGACUUUGAAUAUGAAGAGGAGGAAUCCCAUGAAGAAGAGAAACUACAUCCUAGGCCUAGCAAAGAAGAAAGCCCGAAACUAUCUUCUCAGAUUGAAGACUUGCAUUUAACAGAAACGAAAAAUUCAAGCGAACUCAAUGAACCCGCAUUUGGAUUCAUGGAGGACGAUUACGUGAUUAGUACGGAUGACCUAAUGGUUAGUAAUAUUAGACUAGGAUAUUCUUCUGAUUCUUAUUAUGUGAAGUGUUAUAAGCUGUUUGGGGAUUACAAUUUCAGAUGGAUUGAACAGGAGGUAUUUACUGACUUCAUUUUAGAAGAACUAUGUUUACCUGAACAUCGAUUGAAUGCAUACUUAAAAUAUAUCAAGGACUCCUUAAUACCGAAAGAAGAGCCAGUAGAUCCCAGAUACUCUGAUGUCCCAUUUUCAGAUACAAGUUCUGAAGGAGAAGGUUAUAAUAGAUCACCAUUCGAUUAUCAAGAUAGUGACAUUGACAUAGACGUGUUCAAUGAUGGGACAGCAAUGGAAAUUACUUCAGAUAUGGACGAAGGGUUGGAAGACUUGAUAUCGUUCACGUUGAAACAUAACGUAGACCGUCAUCAAGAAUACGAAACUAAAUCCCUAGAGUUUAAAGGGAAGGGAAAGAAUAAAAAACUAUUAGUAUCAGACCAAAUAUCAUUAGAGUUGGAAACUAUUAACACUUUACAAAGUAAGUUGGAAAAACGUCUUAGUAACAAAGCUAAGAGAAGAAGAGCAAAGGAGGACUUUAUCGAUGAAGAAAAUAGAAAAUCCAAGGAUUUGUUUAAAAAGUAUCCUUAUGGAUUGCAUGUUCAAAAUAUAAGGGAUGAAUUAGAUUCAUUUUUAAACGAUACUAAUAGAUCGUCAUUAUUUUUCCCACCUUUAGAUCCACAUGGGAAUAAGACUGUAAGUAAAUUUGCUAAGCAUUAUUACAUGAAGUCGUCGAAGGUGGGGAAGGCCAAUCACACUCAUAUUCAAAUUGAAAAGGUAAGAAAGACCAAAUGGAAGACGCCUAAUUACGACCUGAUAAGUCAACUUUUAAAGCAACGCCCUGUAUUUAUGAGAAUAGAUGUUCAACGACCCAGAGAGGAGUUCGUUCGCACAGAAAGGUUGAGAGUGAAAAGCAAGUUUGCUACUAAAGAGGGUGAAUUAGUUGGUAAGGAUGCUCCAGAAAUUGGACAGGAGAACAUUGGUAGAAAGUUGUUGGAGAAACUUGGAUGGAGCAUAGGUGAAGGUCUUGGUCCGCACGGAAACAAGGGUAUCAGUGAACCGUUGAUGGCUCGUGUAAAGAAGAACAAGUCAGGACUGAGACAUAAGCACGAGGCAACGACAAGAGAGUAG